GAGUCGCCGCCCAAUCGCUCCAUCGCCGAGUCCGCACAACUCUUCCGUCACAAUCCCGCAGCCGCCGACGACGGACGGAGGUCGCCAAAGGAAGGCCGUGACGCGAGAGCGCGCACGCGGCCAGAUUCGUCGACUUGAUUAACGGACUGGUCGUCUAUUUCCCUGCAGCGAUGAUCUCGUUUAGCCGCCGCACGUUGUCCUGCGCUCUUCGUCGACUCAAGAGCGUGCAAGAGAAAACUGGAUACGGUCGCCAGCGAUGCCGAUCACUAGCGAAUCUCAGCUAUUACCACCAGCCUGGCACGGAGCCUUUCCUGUCAUGGACCUUGGGAGAAGUGGUGGACAGGACGGCAGACGUCAAGGGAGACAACACAGCGGUUGUGUCCUGUCACCAGAAUAUCAGCAAGACGUUCACGGAAUACAGAAACGACAUUCACCAGUUUGCGGCUGGUCUGGUGUCUCUCCAACUUCCCGUUGGAUCCAAAAUCGGAAUUGUGGCACCGAACCUGUAUGAAUGGGCGGUGACUAUGUUUGCGGCCGCCAAGGCGGGGCUUGUCCUGGUGAACGUGAACACCGCUUACCAGGUCUCAGAACUUGAGUUCUGCUUGAACCAUACAGAGUGCGCGGCGCUCAUUGUGGCAGAGAAGUUCGCAAGACAGGAUUUUUACAAAAUGCUGCUCCAGAUAGCGCCGGAAUUGGAAAGGUCGGCUCUGGGACAACUAAAAAGCGCCAGGCUGCCGCUUCUGAAACACGUCAUUUUAAUCGGCGAAACCUCGAAGCCCGGUACGGUGACCUAUGACGACCUCAUGCAGUCGGUGACGGCUGAGCACCACGCCGCCAUGCACGCCAUCUCCUCCAAGCUGCAGUUCGACGAAGCGAUCAACAUUCAGUUUACAUCGGGCACCACGGGACGCCCCAAAGCAGCGCAGCUUUCCCAUUUCAACGUCGUCAACAACGCCGAUUUGAUCGGCCGCACACUUGGACUCCGUGAGCAAGAUGAAUCAUUUUGCCUCAACGUACCCCUGAUCCACUGUUACGGCUGCGUGGGAGCCUCGUUGGCCGCCGUCAGAUUUGGCUCCACCACGGUGAUGCCCGCGCCCAGCUUCAACGCAAAGGCUUCUUUAGAAGCCAUCACAAAGCACAGGUGCACGCUUUUGUACGGGACACCCACCAUGUAUAUUGACAUGAUAAAUCAAUUGGAACAAGGAGAAUACGAUGUUUCAUCCGUUCGAAAAGGAACGAUGGCCGGAGCCCCGUGCCCUCCCGAGGUGGUGAAGAACGCGAGGACCAAACUGAAUGCGCGACAGUUUUACAUUUUCUACGGCACGACAGAAACCAGUCCCCUUAUAUCCUCCACGUGCCCUGACGAACCAACAGAAGAAUGGAUUGAAACCGUUGGGAGGCCCUUCGAGCACACCGAGGUGAAGAUUGUGGACGCGGAAGACAGGAUCGUCCCGGUGAACCAGAGGGGAGAGCUGUGCGCCCGAGGCUACCUCGUCUUCAUGGGCUACUUCAAGGAGGAAGGCAAGACCAGGGAGGUCAUCCGCUACAACUGGUAUCACACGGGGGACGAGGCGAGGAUGAGCGAGGACGGUCGCCUGACCAUCUCGGGUCGCAUCAAGGACAUGAUCAUCCGGGGCGGUGAGAACGUCUACCCCGUGGAGAUCGAGGACUUCCUCUACAGGCACCCCGACGUGCUCGAAGUCCAGGUGGUUGGAGUUCCCGACAAGAGGCUCGGAGAAGAGAGCUGCGCGUGGAUAAAAUUGAAGCCCGGGAGAACCUUAAAUGAAGAGGAUGUGAAGAACUUCUGCAAGGGCAAGCUCAGUCAUUUCAAGAUUCCAAAAUACGUGCUGUUCGUGGAAACGUUCCCCAAGACGGUAUCCGGAAAGAUACAGAAACACAAGAUGCGGGACGAAAGCAAAAAGAUCCUCAACCUGUGACGACUCGCUGUAUUCUAGUGUCAAUAAAUCAAUCAAUGGCUUAGGAGUGCAAAC